GCUUCCCCUCCCCCGUAGCCUCAGGUUUAAUCCCUGGGUUUGGGAGGAGAGGCUAACUGGGGGAGCAGGCUCCUGGAACGGGAGCCAGAUGUGUACGAAUCCCAGUGCCUCUGCUCCCGCCUCCUCCUCCUCCCCAGCCCCUGGGGCAGCUAAAACCCGGAGCAUGGGAGAAUUGGGGCUAGACUAAGAGAGCCCCAGUGGAAACAACUCCACUCCGCAGCUCCUCCAGUAGGGAGAGGUAGGGACUGGGAAAGUAAGCCGGACAUGCCCAGUGGGGUUCGGCAAAGUUUUUUUUUCCCUUUUCUCUUCUCUCUCGCUCUCCCUCUCGCUCUCUUUUUUUAUUUGGUCGCAAGUAGGAAGCUUUUUGCACUCCACCACCUCUGGCCGCUGGGAAGACGUCAUCGCUUCCGCCCUACUUCCUCCUCCUGUUGGCGGUGGUGAGAAUCCAAUAUGGAGUAAAACGGAGGAGGAGUAGGGAGAUGGGGCUCGGACGGGGCGCCCAGCACCGCCUCCUAGGCGCGCCUCCCCUCGCGGCGGACCGCUCCCCGGGACAGUGAUUGGUCCAGCUUCACGCACCUCGGGGGCGAUCCCCCGCCCCAGACCUCGAGCCCCUUCCUCACUCCGGGCAGACCCCUUCACCUCCCCUUCUCUCCUCCCCACGACAGUUCUCGUCCACUCCCCUUGCUUGGCUGCUUGUUUUUCUUGUCUUCGUCCCCUCCCCCUCUUCUCGUCCUCUUCCCCCCAACCCAAAUCUCUUCUCAGUUCCCUCACUCUUGAAAACUGCACCUUUCGUGCUCCCUUCGAAACCUCCUAGCCUCUUGCUUCAUUCUCCCCUAUUCUGCCACCAGACGUCAGAAUCUCCCACACUAACCCCCCGUUUCAGCUCCUCUUCUCUCCGUGCCUCCCCUUUCUGCUUUUCCUCCCUACUCUUUCCCUGCCCCCCUAAAACCUCAGCACUUUGCUGCUGGCUACUUUAAUUCACACCCUCCCAACUGUGCCCCCGUAAUCCCCAGCCCCUCUUCUCCUGUCUCCUCCUCCCCCUCCUCUCCCCCCUCCCAAAUCAGGCGAUCUCUCGAAAUGUGAGGAAGGGGGGGUGGGUGGAUGGGAAGAUGAAGGGAACAGAGCUACCCGCUGCGGGGCAUUCAUCUAGGUGAACAAGAAAAUGACCGAAGAAACACACCCAGACGAGUGGAAGCCAGCAUAAAACCUGUGUAGGAAUGCUUGAACUUUGGUGCCUGUUCAGAUGAGCCAUAGAAUGGAGGCCAAGAAGCACCUCAGGUGACAGCUAUAUCGUUCGUGUCAAAGCUGUGGUUAUGACCCGAGAUGACUCCAGUGGGGGAUGGUUACCUCAAGAAGGAGGCGGUAUCAGUCGAGUGGGUGUCUGCAAGGUCAUGCCCCCCGAUGGCAAUGGGAGAAGCGGCUUUCUCAUCCAUGGGGAACGGCAGAAAGACAAACUGGUGGUAUUGGAAUGCUAUGUAAGAAAAGACUUGGUCUACACGAAAGCAAAUCCAACAUUUCAUCAUUGGAAAGUUGAUAAUAGAAAGUUUGGGCUUACUUUCCAAAGCCCAGCUGAUGCACGAGCCUUUGACAGAGGAGUGAGAAAAGCAAUAGAAGACCUGAUCGAAGGAUCUACAACUUCUUCUUCAACAAUCCAUAAUGAAGCUGAGCUUGGAGACGAUGAUGUUUUUACAACGGCUACAGACAGUUCUUCUAAUUCUUCUCAGAAGAGGGAGCCACCUACCCGGACAAUCUCUUCGCCCAUGUCCUGUGAGCACCGGAGUAUAUAUACCUUGGGCCAUAUCCACGACCAAUAUAGCUCUGACCACUAUCAACUUGAACAAUCCAUCCCAAGACCCUACAGACAGGUCAGUUUCCCGGAUGACGAGGAGGAGAUCGUCCGCAUCAACCCUCGGGAGAAGAUCUGGAUAACGGGCUACGAGGACUACCGGCACGCUCCCGUGCGGGGCAAGUACAUGGACCCCUCGGAGGACGCGGACUCGUACGUGCGCUUCGCCUCCAAGGGCGACGCCUCCAAGCACGACUACACCUACCCCUACAUCGACCACUCGGACUUUGACCCCGGGGAGGACCCCAAAGGACGGGAUCUGGGGAGCGUGAUUAAAACUCAGCCCAACCGAGGCAAGUCCCGUCGGCGGAAGGAGGACGGGGAGCGCUCGCGCUGUGUGUACUGUAGAGACAUGUUCAACCACGAGGAGAACCGGCGGGGUCAGUGCCAGGAUGCGCCUGACCCCAUCAGAACUUGCAUCCGCCGAGUGAGCUGUAUGUGGUGCGCAGACAGCAUGCUCUAUCACUGUAUGUCCGACCCGGAGGGAGACUAUACGGACCCUUGUUCGUGCGACACCAGCGAUGAAAAGUUUUGCCUCCGGUGGAUGGCCCUCAUCGCCUUGUCCUUCCUGGCCCCCUGUAUGUGCUGUUACCUGCCCCUCCGCGGCUGCUACAACUGUGGGGUGAUGUGUAGGUGCUGUGGCGGCAAACACAAGGCGGCCGGAUGAAGACGGCAGCCUCUCGUUCUCGCUCCCUCUCUCCUUGCCACGGGCAGGGGCUCGUGAGCCCCCCAAAGGGGGAGCCUCCUCUCCCGAGCCCCGCUGCACCUGGAGACAUCAUUCCAGCCCGGGGAACCCCUCCGGUGGGUUUGCCACUCGAGCUCCAGCCAGCCACUCUUAAUGGUUCACACACACAUAGUCACCCCAACCCCAGUGUUCUAAUGAAAUUAACCUUCGGCAUAGACUAUUGUAUUAUUAAUAAUCUGUAAUCCGACUGAUUGUCUUGUACAUGUUUAUAUUCCCCGUCCCCACCUUGCCCUCCUUCCCGCUCUCCACUUCAAAAGGAAGGAGACGACCGUCUGAACUGCUGAUUUGCAGGGGAUUUUUUUGGCUUGGGCUGUUCAGAAGAGCCUCUCCAGACUGUAGCUUGUUAAGCUUGCCUUAACAAACCGCCUGUACUCAGCCAACUUGGGGUACCUACCAAAAGAUGCGAGAAAAAGGCAAUCCCACCAGAAGUAUUUUAACCUGCAGUCAGUCGUCCUGUGUAUAGAAGGUGUGCUAGCGUGUACCACAACACGAUAUUGCUAUUACCAUUCUAAAGCCAAAUUUCUUAUGUUAUGUGAACUGCAGUUUGUUUUCAGUCCGUCAUCAUUUCUUUUGCAAGAAAAAAUGCAUUUAAAUUAUUGACUAAUGUUAAACGUUCAUUCAUGCAAAGACAAUGAAAAAUAAGCCUUAACAUCAGGAGGAUUCCUUGAAUUUCACAUUUCCAGCUAGUGCUGGGAAAAAACAACAACAACAACAACAACAACUUAAGGUCCCCAUGAUCUAUCCAAAUAAUGACAAAAGUAGAAUUAAAAGGAUUUAAGUUUUUAAAAGGGAGGCAGAAUGAUGUUGUGGCAAAGAUGCUAGUCCUGGGUUCCAAUCCUAGCCUCAGAACAAAGAAGCUAUGUGUGACCUUGUGUGGGUCGAUGGAAAGGACACUAGAUUUGAAGUCCGAGGACCCAAGUUUAAGUUCUGGCUCUGUCACUUAUGGCCUGUGUGACUUUGGACAAGUCACUUCUCUUGUCUUGGCUCUCGGUUUCCUCAUCUACAAAAUAAAAUGAGGAGGUUGGACCAGAGUGACCUACGAUCCCUUCCCACUCUAAAUUAGUGAUUCCGUGUCACUUUACCCUCAGUGGGCCUCAAUUCCUUAUCUAUAAAAUUAGGAGGUUGAUUCAGCUGAUUUCCCUCUCCAGAAUUCUACAAUAUGAUGAUUCCGGGAUGGGAAUUCAGCGAUCACAUUCCUCCCUCAAGUUCUCCAUCACAGAAUAAAACACUAACCUCCAAAUGAUUCCUUUCUUGCUCGUGGUUCUGCAAAUGGACAAUCAGUAUCCAGGGCAGACACAAAAGCAGUUAUAAAAAAUCCACUCGGAUUUUAGAGAAACACUAAGGUUGUGGUGAAUGGAACCUGAAGCUUCUUCAAAGUAAACUAUAUUAACUGUAUAGAAAGAGGGGAAAUUUUUAGCUGUCAUAAAGCUUAAGAUUUUUGUUCUGUUUUGUUUUUGCAUUUCCUAAUCACUUCCACAUCACCAAAUUCCAAAUUUGUACUUGAAAAAAAAAUAAGGCCAUAUGUAAAAUACAAAAAACUUCCCAAUGCCUAAGUGUCUUUCUCCCUUGACUCAGCACCAGGACUUGAUGUUGUCAUUAGGCGUGUGCAGAUGUUUCCAACAGACUUGUCCUAAAAAAAUGUCUUCUCUCUAUGUACCAGGCUUGUAAUUAGCUGGGGAAAGAGUAUUUUUCUAACAUAUUACAAGGAAUAGCCAAAUAAUUUUUUUAUUGAAAUAAGAAAAAAUGAAAAAUGUAGAGCAGUUCGCGGUAACUAGCAUAGUACAAUCAGAACCGUUCCAAGGCCGUUAGGGGUAGGCACGUCCAUCAACGCUGGCACUGCUCUUCCUGCCAUAAUUCUUUCUGCAGUCAGUUGCCAGCGGAGUGCAUGGCCUGAUCCACCCCUCCCUCCUUAUUGCACAUGGACAUCCGUCUUCAAGGAAAGGGAUUCCUCUUCUUUUGCCAAUUACAUUGGAAAAGUGUUUGCCACGAUUUAACCUUUUGGGGAAUAUUUUGCUUUCUUCCAGUUCUCGGGGAAUUGAUUACAGUGCUUGGAGUAAAACUAUGAACAACAACAAAACUUACCCAGUGUGCUUCUGACCUAGAGUCAUCAGAUGCUCGACUUGUAGCAGUUCCUGGUUUAAGCCUUCUCACUGGCAACGGGGCUCCUCAGAGGGAGACUCGUCCGGUUCUGUAGAAUCGGAAAAGAAAUGUGCUGUCCCUGGUAGCGAACGACCCGUUCUGGUUAGCAGCUCUGCUGACCAUCAAACCAGCCUCCAAAGGCUCCCGCGAGAGCCAGUGUAUUCAUUCCCUCUGAAUCUCUGGAAGGUCUCCGUCUCUACAAAGCACAACGAACAUGAACCCAAGUUUCUGGUCAGAUCCCAGUUUAAGUGCUUCUAUUUAUUUCCAUAAGAAGACGUGCUCCAAAGCAGCCUCUCUGUGGGAUCUUCCUCUGUUACCUGUUGUUGACAUCUUCCUUGGCCCUGCUUCCCCUUCGGCGCCGGGGGCUGACCCUCCCAGCUCCCCCUACAUGUGCUCUUUUUGCUUUCUGAAGACAGACAGAGCCCGUGGGGACUUUCAUACGUGUCUCUCCCUCUCCCUGCUCUCCACACUGCCAUCGACCAGUGUGCGCUCCUUUCCCAGUCAGCUCUGCAAUGCUGACUUUGACCAUCGGAGAGAGAAAAACGAUUCAGAUUUUAUUUUUGUACCUGUGGUCACAAAACGUUAACCAAAAUUUUUUUGUCGUUGCUGUGAAGGUUCUCCCACCCACCCUAAGCUAUUUGCUCACAUUUACCAAUUAAAGUGCCUGAAGCAUAAUUCAUUAUGUACCUGUAUCCUAAAAGUCAAAACCUGUUGUAUUGAUUUUUUAUAACAAGCCUUUUUACCUCUGUGUAAAAAAUAUAUAUAUACACGUGUAUGAUGUACAUUUUAGUUCUUAACUUUUUUUAUGGUUUCUAAUAUGUUUGAUCAAUGUAGCUAUUGCUUUAAAAUUUACCAUGUAAAUAUAAAUACAUCAUAUCAGA